UGACGGUCACCUGACUGCACCCGGAAGCUGUGAGGUAGCGGCAUUCAGCCCCAAAAACAAAUCUGUUGUCAGAACUUGUUGUUUUCUGAAGUUUCUGCCUGUGUUAACGAUGGAGUCGACCCUGGAGCAGCACCUGGAUGAUACCAUGAAGAACCCUGCCGUUGUCGGUGUGCUCUGCACGGACCAACAAGGACACAACCUGGGCUGCCGCGGCUCGCUGUCUGAUGAACAUGGCGGUGUUGUGUCAGUUCUGGCCAAACAGGCUGCAGCUCUAUCCAGAGACCCAACAGACGCUCCGACUGUGUGCCUGGAGUCUGAGUCAGGAAACAUUCUGGUGAGGAGUCAUGGGACCAUCACAAUAGCGGUUCACAAGAUAGCAUCUUGAAGACAGCGGUGCCCACAGAGCGGGAUUAUUGUAAAGAAAUGUACAUGUUAACAAACAAACAAACAAACAUCUGAAUGAGCUCUGAGAAAGAGAAGUUCCUCAUUGAUCUGCUGUGUUUGCUGUAUUCAAACCAGAUUGUUUCCUAAUAUUCUAACAGCUACUGAAAACGGGAGUGUGAAUUACCUGGUUUAUUAUUUUCUUUAAAAUGAACACACACCAAUCUGGUGGUAAUACUAUAUAAUUGAUGCUGUGAGCGGAACAGGUCCCAAAUGUGAUGUAAUGUGUGUGUGUGCAAGUCAUGCAGAGAUUAACACCUCUUAAUAAAGUUGAACUUGACUUUG